AUGCAGAUUAUGGAUUUGCAGUCGCAGCUCGAGCAUCUGACUGCGCAAAACAAAUCACUCGAAGAAGCCAAAGCCAAGGCUGAAGAGGCCAUUCAGCAAGCCCAGUACCAGCGGCAAGUCGAGGAGCAGGUCAUUACAGAGGCGGUGCAAGCACGUGAUCGCGAGAUCCAGCAGAAGGAUAUCGAUAUAGCACAACUCCGCGACACGUUGCGACAACUGCAACAAGAGGUGGCGAGGUUAACCGAGCUGAACACUGCUCUAACUGAAGCGGGCAACAACUUGAAAAAUGAAACCGAUCAGCGAUUGGCACAGCUGCAGACGGAAGGAGAACAUGUUCAUCACCAAUGGCAAGAAGCCACUCGCGAGCUCGAGGCACUGCGGGCCCAGCAUGCCCAGUUGACGAGCGGUAUGGAAGAAGCUGUGCGUGGGCAGAUUGCGCUUGCACUGGACGACCGCGAUGCCGAAAUCGCUCGCCUGCAGACGGAGCUGGCCAACGCAAGGGAGCAGAUCAAGUCUCUCCAGCGGCAGAUACUGGCGUCCAAGAAACAAGGAGAGAGCUUCCUCACCAUCCGAGACGAGGACUACUUUGACAGCGCCUGCCAACAACUCUGCCAGCAUGUGCAGCAAUGGGUGCUCCGAUUCUCAAAGUUCUCAGACAACCGGGCCUGUCGCCUAUCGUCUGAAAUCGCAAACGACGUCAGGCUCGACAGAGCCACGCGAGAGAAGAUCGAGACGCGUCUGGAUAAUGCCAUCUUGGACGGCUCUGAUGUGGACAUGCUCUUGGCCGACCGUGUGAAGCGGAGAGAUGUCUUCAUGUCGGUGGUUAUGACGAUGAUUUGGGAGUAUGUGUUUACGAGGUAUCUGUUUGGCAUGGACAGAGAACAGCGACAGAAGCUCAAGUCGCUAGAGAAGACGCUGUCGGAAGUUGGCCCGACACGAGCAGUGGCUCAAUGGCGUGCAAUCACACUCACGCUGCUCUCCAAGCGUGAACAAUUCAUCCAACAACGCGCGCAAGACACAGAGGCAGUGGUCCACGAAAUCUAUAGUACCCUGGCGGUGCUACUACCACCACCAUCGCAUCUUCAACGCCAGAUCCAAGAAUCACUCCGAAACGUCAUGCGUCUGGCGGUUGAACUUUCAAUCGAGAUGCGCACGCAACGCGCAGAGUACAUUAUGCUUCCCCCCCUACAACCCGAGUACGACACCAAUGGCGACUUGGUCGCAAAAGUCACCUUCAACGCUUCACUCAUGAACGAGCGCUCCGGCGAAACCACGUCCAACGAUGAACUGGAAGCGCGCGGUGCGAUUGUCAAAAUGGUGCUGUUCCCGCUGGUAGUCAAGAAAGGCGACGACUUUGGAGAAGGCGAGGACGAAAUUGUGGUCUGCCCCGCACAGGUCCUCGUAGCGAAGCCGAAGGAUAAAAAGGUGGUGAGGGUGUUGAGUGGCGCUAUGAGUAGCCAUCAGAAGAGUUCGCUGAGCUUGGCAGCGCCGGAGAGCAGUGUGAUGGAUCUUUCUGGGAGUAAUGUCUUUUAG